AUGGCAUCGAAAUUCCGCAAUUCUGGACAAACAUGUAUCUGUGCAAAUCGCAUUUAUGUACAUUCCUGGAUUCACGAUUCGUAUGUGGACAGUUUGAAGAGCGAGAUCUCAAAGCUGGUGGUGGGCGACGGCAUGAAACCUGGGGUUACCCAGGGACCACUGAUCAAUGAGCAAGCUGUUCAAAAAGUGGAAGGAUUGGUCGCUGAUGCACUGCAAAAGGGCGCACGAAUAGUUACGGGUGGAAAACGAGUUCCCGGUACAACGUGCUACGAGCCAACAUUGCUUACAGGAGUUACGCAAGAUAUGGAUAUCACUCGUACUGAAAUAUUCGGGCCCGUUGUACCCGUUCAGAAAUUCGAAACCGAAGACGAGGUACUGAAUCUGGCAAAUCAGGGCAGAACUGGCUUAGCUGGUCAGUGUGCUUUUCAAACUUCUAGCCUAUUCUACGUAAUUUUUACAGAGUAUAUCCAUGCACUUGCUCUCGUCUAG